AUGUUAAACUCAGAGCUACCAAGUCGAAGCUUACCUGUUGUCAUAACUGAGGCAAGUGUUUGUAUUGCAUUGUGCAUCAUAAGCGUCAUUGGAAACAGUCUGGUUUGUAUGGCAACAUGCAGAAACUCAAACCUGCGAUCAACCACCAACCUGUAUAUCAUUGCUUUAGCUGUCAGCGAUCUGCUGUGUGGAAUAGUACAGAUGCCGUUAACUUCUGCCACGCUGAUCAUCGGAAGAUGGGUCUUUGGCGACGCCCUAUGCCAGUUUGAAGGCUUUGUUUCCGUAUUUACCUAUUAUGUUACCCCAGCAACCCUUGGUUUGACAGCGUUUAACCGUUACAUGAAAAUUGUAAAGACAAGCCAUUACAAGAAGAUUUUUUCGCCCCGCAGAUCUAAGAUAUGGUUGAGUUUCUUGUGGCUUUCCUUUGCACUUUACCUGCUGAUUGUCCGUGUCACAAAUUGGGUUAAAAUCGAUUUUAUUCAAGGCUACGCAGUGUGCUCCUUUGAUUACCCAACAAGUGAAAGUCAAAUCUUUCAUUAUUGCAUCACUGUUGGAUUACUUUUUGUCUUACCGUUGUGUGUUGGCAUUUUCAGUUAUUAUAAGAUAUUUCUGAAAACCCAUGAGCAUCAACAGAAUGUGGUGUCAUCGCUACGGAACUGUACUGACAAUACUGCAGUAAGCAACACAGUGAAAGACAUAAAGUUUACUCGAAUGUUGAUCCUUGUGGCAGCAGGAUUUAUGUGUUGCUGGAUACCAAUGUGGGCACUUGUCCUCUGGUUUCGUUUUUCCCCUGAGACCAGCUCAAGAAUUACAGCAUUGCUUGUCACUUUUUUAUUUUAUUUGAGUGCUUCAAUCAAUCCUAUUAUUUACGCUUUCACAAAUGGCGAGUUCCAAAGGGAAUUUCGAAAACUGCUCUGUUGCCGCCGUGAAAGGUCAAGAAUUGUGCUAAAGAAAGCUGCUGCGUUUACUAGUAACGACCUCGUCGAACGAGAGGAACAAGAAGCAAACUUUUAAGUCCAAUGAAUUUGUGUUAAUGAAACAUCCUCUUUUGAAAACAGGAAAGAAAAGUUAUUCCAUUUUUUUUUCUAAUUUAGUUAUUGUUUGUCAAAGCAAGCUUCUUAGAUGUCGAAAGCUGUGUUGCUCGCACCAAUCAAUUAUAAAUUAUUUAUGUGAUUUCUCCUUGCCAAAUGCUGAGAGAAUGACAUCAGUUCACUUUUAAAUUUUGGAUGAGUUGCGAGUACAAAUUGAAUAGAUUUUACCAUUCCUGCGAUGAAAUUGUGAGGAACCUAAUUGGAAUACCAAAUUGAAUGAUCUGAUGGCAAGCAAAGAUCGUUCCUUUUGCUUCUUCGGACUUUUCUAUUUAAACGUCAACGCUUUUGUCAUAAUUGGUUAGUUAAAUUUAAUUAGAAGUGAAUUUUAUUAGACUUUCUGUUUGUGAACAGCCAGCCACUAAAGCAGAAUAACUUCCCCUGAGUUUCUCUUUCUGAUGCCUGUGAUGUAAUCAGCAAAUUACUUGCGAUACUCGAACAUAAGAUUUUUUCUAAACUCAUAUUAAAUUAGCACAUAAUGCUUUUAGUUGAUUGGAGGUGACGCUCUGUCGUUUAUGAAAAACUACGAGAUGACCAGAAAAGCGGAGAGAGGUAUGAAAAAUAACUUAUAUUGCGAACUUAAAGUGAUGAUAUGUGCAAAGCAACGUUUUUCUGGGAGGAAAUAAAUAGAAUUUGAAAAAGAAGCCAGCAAAGGAUAAAACUUGGCGCCUACAGCUGAUAACAAUAUUAAUGACGUAACAGUGAUAAGAAAUAGCUCGCAACGAUACCUGCAAGACUUUCUACGUCGACGAAACAGUUCCUGAGUGUAUUUUAAGAUGGAAAACAUGUUAGAGGGAGAUUUUAUUGGUCAAAUGUCAAAUAUAACUGCUUAGGACCCCUGUAGAUGGCCUAAAGGUUUCGUGCGCCCUCCCCAUUUUUUGUCCGUUUUUCAAGGUUAGGCAUAUUUACUUUAUAUCAUAGUGUUGCCCUUUAUCUUUUGAUUUUUUCUUGUCGUUGUCGUUGUUGUUGUUGUUGUUUUUUUUUUGUCAAAUUUCGAAUUUUUUGUUAAUUUUUUUUAAUUUUUAAUAUCAUUUGCAUCUAUUUUUCUUAUUUUAAAAAAGUGAAGAAAUGAGUGCGCCCACUGCAAGACAUUAUUUCUCCAAACUGAUGUAAGGGUUAGAGCUGAAAUUUUAUGGGGAUUUAGAAUAAAGUUGUACAUCUGCGCAAUGUAAAAUACUUCUCUUAACCUUAUAUUUUGUGCAAGAUAUUCUUAUCUAUAUUUCGGUGCGCUCUCCCUAAUUAGCUUAUUAUUCGAAAGUCAUGUUUAAGCGUUUUUUUUUUUUUUUUUUUUUUUUUUGUCGAUUCAACGAAAAGGAUUGUAAUAAUAAAAUUCUUACUGGCGCAAAGUUAAGCUUUUGGGCUUUAUUGGGAUGUAAUUUUUAUUUAGUCUGGUUAAGGUUGUAAAAGAAUGAAGAGUCACAUACCUUUACAACUUUUUAUGGAAAUUUGGUCUCACUUUUGCCCUUAAUUUCUCAAAGGUGCACGCUCCUUGAAAGUUUCUAAUGAUAUUGACCAAUGUAUCUUAUCGAUGGUGCCUAGUUUGAAUAAACUGAUAUAAAGUUAAAUUUUAAUGUAAUCAUAUACAUACCGUAUCAGAACCGAAACCACCAACACCCAUCCUUCCCAUAGGAAAAAAAAAACCAGAACCUGGUAAUUUCUACGAAUAAGAAAAUAUACGAAUGCACGCCUUUUAUUAAGACUCCAUUCACACCAGCAAAAAAUGUUUAAUUUGAACGGGAUUUAGCAUGAUGAAAUUCAGACACGGAGAACUGAAAAACUGAACUUUCAAUAGUAUUUAAGUAAUCGCUGACUUGUAAUUUCAUUGUGCUAAACUUGAAGUCGACAGAUGUUGGUUUAAGAUUCUUCUAUGAAGAAAAAAAUUUAAAUCGUGUUUAAGAAAACUGCUUAAAACAUUUUUAAGCAUUGUUGUGAAUGGGGUAUUAGUUGCAUGGGAAGGAAAUGAUGAAGCAGUAGGCGAAUUAAAAAGUUUGACGCAAACCUGCAUCCCAAAUACGCUUUCUCCUAAAUAAACUCACAAUCUUCAGAAUGAAUAAACGGCUCAUCAAAAAUCAUUAUCACUAAUCUAUUCAUGAUUCCCUGAUAGCAAUUAAAAUUUCAAGUGUUAUGUUAGAGCCUCAAGCAUCUUUUUUAAUAGUUGAGUGGCAAUGGCUUGGAACUCUUGGCCCCUAUCCAUCGGAUAGUGAGGCUCUAUGAGUAGGUAAACUCCACAUGUAAUAAAUAAUUUAACAUAAAUAAAAGAUUAAUUUACACUUUACCAGUCUCAAAAUGUGUUAUCAAGGCGUCAAUUUUUAAGACAGCUAUACGCAAAGAAAACCUUAGUGAGUCCCGCGAGGAUCGUCGGUUGUCAGAAAAUUUAAAGUCAAUUCAUUAUAACAUAGCUAGUAAAUUUGUCUAAUCAAAUUCAAUUGCGUGAGUGUGCUUCAUAUUCCUAUUGUGCACGUUCAUGACGUCAGCAAAAAAAAUCCCUCGAGAAAAAAAUUUUCUCCGCAAUUUUUACUAUUAAAGAACUGGUUAAGACUUCGGCGGUAAUUUAAGCUAAACAUGGAAACAAGAUCGUUUACAGCGUAGCGAAAUGUUUUCCUGAAACAAAAUUAUCAACGCACUGAAGCGUAGCAGAUGGAAUGUUAAACCUUUUACAACAUUUAAACCAUUGGGUUGGAAAUGUUCAAGAAGCUAGAGUUGCUCUCGGUUACGCCUAAAGCAACUCAUAGGCAUCUUUUAUGCUCUCCAAACUUCCCGUGUGCUUCAUAUCUCGAUGAAGGCACGCUGACGUAUGAACCAAUUGUUAUUUUUCACAAGUAUACCACUCGCAGUUCAAAUAUAUGACUGAGUAAAGUAGUGAAACCCCACAUGUACAUUUAUUUAUCAAUUGCUCUCGCCAUCUUUGCGGAGAGUCAUUAAGCAACAUAUGCACCGCACUUUCUAUCGUUUUACCAAAAUAAUAACCAACUUGAAAUGUUUGGAGAACUGUGCUACUGGUAAGUUUGUGAAUCACUCGCCUCUUGUGAUUAACAACUUUUGGAGUGUUUUCCCAACGUUCCGAGUGGGGUAUUAUGCUGGUAAACCGACAGAAAGUGUGUUUUUUGCUUUUAUAAAAUAAACUUAAAACAAAACAUAUGGUAUUUCAAAUUUCUUUGGGUUACCGAUGCAAUAAACGAUAGGUUUCUGACCAAUCUCGUUUAUUUAUAAAGCCUGUUACACAACAGUCUGGGAAAUGUUGCAAUAAAAAGUGUUGGAUGAACGAAUGUUUUCAGGCCUUAGGCAAAAACAGUAAUCCAUUAGUAGUUGUGUCUUUCAGACCUAUUGCAAACAGCUUUCUCCCUCACCUGCAGCUCUCACUUUUUUUAUGUGAGAAAAGAAUAAAAAGGGCGUCGAUUUUGUACGUAUUGGAAAAGACAAGUAUAAAGCAACCUAUAAAGGAGCCUAAUUUUCUAAAGAAACUGGGGUGCUGCGACGGCGGGGAAAAGCUGACGUUUAACCGGCUUUAAGAACAUCUCUCUCGAUUCUGUGUAUGAACGCUGGAAGUUACAUAGACCUUCUAUGAAAACAGUUUUAAGUAAGGGAGGAUACGACGACUAUUCAAUAAAAAGAUUGCUUUUAAUUUUAAACUGAUCAAUAAAACCUUCAUUUAUCCAUGAUUCUAUCUGUUCACACUGAAUUCAGGGUAGACUGAAAACGCAGAAGAGUUUCAGAAAUAGAAUGACAUAUCUUGACACUUCUCUUAAUGAUGCCCCAACCGAAGGCAAUAAAUGAUGACCGUUUUGUGCAUAAUCCAACACGUUAUUUUUCUUAAGUCAACUUUAUUAAGACGUUGUCAAAAUAUCUUUUUGAGCCCAUAUGCAUUGUUAAAGAUUUGUUAAGAGAAAGGAUAAUUUUCAAAAUUUAGCUUGAAAGCUUGCAUGGACAGCCUAAGUUUUCGAUCGAUUUCAAUUCAAGCGAAACGUUGAAUUACUAAAAUAAUUUGUCUAGGCCACAAAAGUGUGAAGGAAACCCUAUAAAUGAUAGGCAAUUAUAAACUUAAAUUAUAUAUGCAAAUUAACGUCCUUCUGUAACAGGAAAAACAUAGAGAUACGGAAAAAAUAUAAAAGUAAUAUGAAUUGGCGCCUUCAGCUGAUAUGUCCGAUCCAAGCUUCACGAGAAGUAAAUGUGGAAACAAACUAGUGGAACUUUUCGGCAGACUGGUGUUAACGACAAUAAUAACAAUGAUAAUAUUAACAAUGAUGCAGAAAACGAUGAUUAUGACUGUAAUCAUAAAAUAGCAAAACAGGAACAAAGAAACAGAGAAAACAGGUUUGACGGCUUACGUUUAUCUUCAAACGUUCGCUUUUCAUCAAUACUGUUUCUAAUUUGAAUAAACUGUAAGUAGUUACUUGCGCCUACAUCAACAAAAUACUCAUUACAUGUACAUAGUAUAUGGAUAGCUUGUAUCUGUGGGCGAUUAAAAAAAAGUAUCCGUUGGUUGCAAAGGGAGACAAUACAACUGUAAAAGUUUAAAACUCGAACGGAAAUAUUAAAUAUGUUUAUUUUUUCUGUUGGGCAAUACCUUGCGGUUUGGACAUACAGAAGAAUUGGAAACGCAUGCUAAAUUACACAGCUGUAUUUUACCUACAAAAUGAAAAAGAAAAAAACAGAAAAAAAGGUAGUAUGAGAUUCUCUAGCAAUACAGUCACUCGAUCAGGAACGAUUAUUUAGCUGAUAGAAAUGCGUAAGCAUUAUACGAGUUACCAGUAUGACGUUUUAUAUUCAGUGUGUUCUUCACUUGUCGUUAGGGUUGAAAUAUGAUGGUAGUAUUCAAAGCAAUUACAUGUUAAGGAAGUAAUGUGAUUGUAACGCUACCAUUAAUCUUCACACGUCAUAAACCUCACUGUUCCCUUGCUUGGUAUUGGAUAAACUUACAAUUCAAGAAGACGAGACUAAGAUGGGUCACACGAUUAAAAGACAAAAAGCCACUAAAUAAACGCGUAUAUAAAUAAUAACUAGAUAGAUGAUUACAAGUAGAUUUCGACAGUUCACAAACCCUGAGAGCGAAUUAAAGGUGCGGGUGAUGUAGUUUGCCGGGAAAUGGGAAAAGCCAAUAUUUUCAUUUUGUUAAUCAUCAUCUCUGUUCAUUUAUUUGUUUAUUCAUUUACUCAACUAUUUGCUUUUUAAUUUCUUCUAUUUUCAGUGCUAUGUUAAGCUUAGAGCUAUCAAGUCGAAGCUUAUCUGCUGUCAUAACUGAGGCAAUUGCAUGCGUUUCAUUGAACAUCACAAGUAUCAUUGGAAACAGUCUGGUUUGUAUAGCAGCAUACAGAAACACAAACCUGCGAUCAACCACCAACCUGUAUAUCAUUGCUUUCGCGGUCAGCGAUCUGCUGUGUGGAACAGUAGAGAUGACUUUAGCUUCUGCAACGCUAAUCAUCGGAAGAUGGGUCUUUGACGACGCUUUAUGCCAAUUUCAAGGCUUUCUGAAUAUGUUCACCUCUCACGUGACCCCAGCAACACUUGGUUUGACAGCAAUUAACCGCUGCGUGAAAAUUGUAAAGACAAGCCAUUACAAGAGGAUUUUUUCACCCCGCAGAUCUAAGAUAUGGUUGAGUUGCUUGUGGCUUUCUCUCGCACUUUACCUGUUGAUUGCCCAUGCCACAAAUUGGGUUAAAAUCGAUUUUAUUCAAAGCUAA